CAAGAUUACAAGAACUUGUUCUGCAACACGCGCGCAUAAAGAACUUUUCCGAGUUAUAUCUUGUUUUGUUUAACGAUUUAAUAAUGAGUUCUGACACUAUUAGUGUUAUGAGACACAACAAUUCCUGUGGUAAAACUUUACUAGACAACUGGGUCGAGGAGAGACAAUGUGAACAGUAUGACAAGUCAGAUUCAAUCAACGUCUCUCAGCUACAUAAACAAGGACACAAGGGUAUCUUGACAACAGAUUUUGAUGCCAGGCCAGAGGGAUUAUCAACUGUCAGAGAUUCAUACAGGAAACCAGAGAAACUUGGAGUGCGAGAGAUUGGUUUGAGGCAACAGCUUCUUCAAGAAGAACUCUAUCAGCAAGUCAGUGCUGAAGUGGAUCAAGAAUGUAAUCCUCCACCUCCUUCAGUAGAAUAUCUUUCAACAACCAAGAAGGAUUUUUCAAAAGAAUUUGCCCCGAUUGUCAAAGCACCAACAAGGGAUCAUGAUGUCAAGACUGAACAGCCUGCCACCUUCUGGCUUGAAAGAGCUGAAGAAGUUCAUGGUGUAUCUCAGGUACGAACAAAAGACACGCCAUUCCGUAAAAAUGCUGCCUUUAGUACACCAAUAGAUGAGUACAAAGAUGCACCAAAACCAGGAGAGCAGUGGAAAUUUUAACCAUAAGUUUUUUAACCAUCAAAUCCAAUUUAUGCAACUAAAUUAUCAAAUGUAAAUAUUUCAGACAGACUGUAAACAUUUCUUAUAGUUUUUCCUUGUACACCAAAGUUUGAUUUAAAAAUAGCAAUAGAUUUUUUUCAAAAAUUUUUUGCAGUUGUUGUUGUGAUGUAAUGUACUUAUAAUAGGAGUUCCCUAUCUAUUUACAGCUUUUUCUUUAUCUUUAAUUUAAAAAAGUCUUUAAAAUAAACUCUCAACUGCAUAUAAAUAAUUUAUGUGAAUAUAUAUCCUCUGCUUUCUACUUCUGAUCAUAAUUUUACCAAACAAAUCAGGUUAUCUUACACUAGGCAUGGGAAAUAAAGGGAUAAUUGAAAUGCUAGGUGCUGUUCUCAAACAAACUGAUGUUCUCCAGCUUUCAUGGAGAUCUUGCCCGGGAUAAUCAUUAAUGGCCUAUACGUGGAGGCUUUGCGCAAAAGGGCUACCAUUUUCAGGCUUCAGGUAUGUAAAAGGGUAGGGAUUUCACAAGUUGAGAUGUAUAAAGGGAUAAGGCAAUCUGCCAUAUAGUUAUUUUAAAGGGUCUUUAAUUAAAAUAUUUUGAACAGAUGCAUCUUAUGACUGUAUCAUUUCAAAUAUUAGGCACUAUAUGAAAAUAACAAGAAGACUUCCUUUUUUGGCGAUAUAUUCAUAAUAUGGCCCAGUUAUAAAAGUAUGUGAAAGGGAUACCUCUUUUCAGCUGAAUGUAUACGAAAAAAGUCCCUUAUCUGUCAAAAUGGUAUACAAAAGGGUAUGGGGUUGAACUCUGAGCGGAGCCUCCCUGGCCACGCUUGGAUGUAGUUUCGUUUUGGGAUGACUUUAUGAAACAGUUGAUCAUUGAAGGUCUUGAAGUAUUAUUUUACGAGGAAGCGAUGUUAGUUGAAAUUCAAAGUUAGGACUGAAAGAAACAAUGUGUGGGUGACAAAUUCUGUGUAAAUUCCUGGGGGCAGUGUUGAGUUUCAAGUUUCUCAGAUCUGUUCCGGCCGAUAUGGGUAGUGGGGUUAAUAAGGAAACAGAGAGAUCGGCAAAGAGAAAUUAAAACAAGAGGGAAGAAAAUUAAAAAAAUAAUAAUAAUAAUUAACUAUUUAUCAACUACAGAGGCAGAAGUAAGUUUAAGCACAAUAGAUUUUAAAAAACUGGCUCAAAAAUUUAACACUACGUUAAAUAAGAUAUCUUAGGCCAUCGUGACUCAAAACAGUUUUUUUUCCUUUUUCGCGAGAUACAAACAUAAAAAUACCG